AUGGAGGAGAAAAAGAAGCUCCCAUCCUUUCCGUCGAACUAUGUCACCCUCCAGCAACUCCAAGAACGGAGGCUCAAAGAACAAGAGCAGAGGCAGAAAGAGAAGGACGAAGAAGAAGAACGGCGAAGAAAGCUUCUUGAAGAGCAGAGACUGAAAGAAGAGCAAGAAAUAGAUAGACAAAAAGAGGAUGAGAAGAGAAAACUUUACGAAACUCAAAAGCUCAAACGAUCGAAGCCAAAAACUCCGGUCGGUCGAAUCGGCGGAACCCCCAAAAUUUCUCGGAGAGAAAACGCCGGAUAG